AUGUCCGUUCCAGUCUCUCCACCGUCUCCACUUCUGCGUCUUCCUCGCGAACUGCGCGAUCAGAUAUACACUUACACUUUCGACGAUGCGGAGCCCUUUGUGAAAAAUCGAGCUGCAAUCACGACAUCAAGCAAAAUCGCGCUCUUCCACGACCUCCCAGCCUUGUGUCAAGCCAACCGCCAACUAUUCAACGAGGCCACGCCAAUUUUCCUGGCUCAAAACCUGUUUUCAUGGAACACUCAAGAGUCGAAGCAGCUCCUAGACCUGUUUUCUCAUCUGCCUAAAGAUGCAGCAUCCAAGCGCGUCAAGCAUAUCUCAAUAUAUAACUGGACCGAGCAAGGCACUCCCGCGCACCUGGAAUUGAUUUCCAAAUUCACCCAGCUCGAAUUCGUCGAAAUCAUCUUCAGUUUCCCCAGCAUUGAAGACGGCGUGCGCAUGGAGAGAUUCGACUACACCAACGAGCAAGAGUGUUAUCUGGAAACCGGCUUGCACUACGAUCUCCCCGAAGGACGCAGCCUCGAAGAAGAAAAGGCAAGUCUUGCGCAAGACGUGGAGACGUUUGUCGCGCAGUAUGGUCUCGAUCGCAUCAUCGAUAUGCCCAAGCUCGACGGCAUGCAGUUCCAAUUUGCAACGAAUCAGGGUGAAGAGGAUGCUUUUGGCGGCAACCAAGAGUAUAGACAUCGCUUGUGCAAUCCAUUGUGGAGGUGGGCGACGAAAAAGAUGGAGGAGAAAUGGGGAGCUGAUAAGUUUUUCGUCACAACUACGAUGCCGGAGGACUAUCAUCAUGUGAACAGGCCGUAUGUUGGGUGGUGA